AUGGAGGAAACAGAAACAGACUCUGAUUCACCAAUAAUAAUGAAAAAUAUGCGCACAAAGGCGUCAUCGUCUUCAGAAUCGACAGGAACGUUUGAUAUAAGUUCAACAAAUUCAAAUAUUGAAAAAUCGGCUGAAACAUCACACAAGGUGAUAGAUCACACCCGGCGGGGAAUUCUUUGGCUAUAUGUGGAUGACAAGAAACUUUGGGAAAAACACGAAAUUACACUAUAUUCUUCAAAGUAA